GUUUUAGUCCAUUGCCAGCAUUUGUGAUAGAGGAACACAAACUUUUGCGACCUCAGACCUUUAAACGGUUUUGGGCUUUAAUCGAAUUUGACCUAAUCGUGCGUAAACAACCCAACAAAAAACACACACACAAACAAAAAGGAAAAUAACAAUACCCAAACCUCCGGACACGCCUCGGGAAAUAGAUUCUUGUUAUUGUCACGCGAAAUCAACAUGGAGAAAUCAUUCUCAAUAUCUCCCUGGAAAUAUGCUCUAUUUGCCACAUGCAUUUUGAUUGUGGGCUGUAACAUUUUCUUCUUUUCCUGUGGAGUGGUCACCUGGGGGUCAGCAUCGUCGGUCUAUGGCAGCUAUGCAGUUGCUUUAUGCGGUGUCUCUGUAUUUGCGGCUGCUUUUCUAGGUGUCUAUGUGGCUCUUAAAGAGUCCUAUAAAUACUCAAUUUAUUAUUUACUCACUACCAUAUUAGUUAUGGGAUUGCUGACCACAUAUUUCUUAACAUUCUCGUCGACCAAAGAUCAACUGAUGACACAAUUCGAGGAACGGAUUCAAAGUUUGUUCGAUGCAAAAACUCAUCAUUUGGAUACCAUGCAACCCAUACACAGUCUAUUUCGUUGCUGUGGCCUACAGGGGCCAAAGGAUUACUUGUCCGAGCAGAAUGAGGGGCAGGGAGCAUUACCAGCCAGUUGUUGUUAUAGUUUUGAUUGUACCAAUCCUUCGCAUGUAUUUGAAGAGGGUUGCUCGACAAAGGCGACAGGAAAUUUGAAAUUACAAGCGGAAAUUAAUUAUUACGCUUGUGUGGCCAUUUUUUGCCUCGAGGUCUUGGGUCUACUGACUGCCUUCUUUAUGGGCAAGGCCCGCAAACAUGCCAAAACUAAAAUCAAGGACGAAGAAUCUCCCAUCAAUAAUGAUGAUUAAAUCAAUUCCAUAUACAGAAAUUGAAUAACUACACCAUUACAUGUAUUCCAGAACAAAUUGAUUAAUUCAAUUAGUUGAUUUGCAGUUAGAAAUAAAGAAACAAAAAAUAAACAAACAAUAUUAGAAACUA